CGUCGUCAAACACGUGCGACGGGAGGCUGUAAGCGUUUUUAAACGUUCUGCUGGUCGCCGGUAGCUGUACAUUUUCGUACGAGUAGAUUGACGAAAAGAGUGUUAAGUUCGCAAUAUUUUUCGGUUUUUGCAAUGGCGAACAAUGGUGAGCUAGUCGAUGAGCGGUUCAUAAUAAAAGACGGGGAUUUCGUCGUAUUGCAGCGUGGCGACGUUUACAAAGCCGUACAGAUACAGAAGAAAAGGAAGGUAAUUUUUGAAAAGCAGUGGUUUUUCCUGGACAACGCCGUUGGAGAGCUUUAUGGAAGCACGUUUGAAGUUGCUUCGGGUGGAUCUCUGCAGCCACGGAAGUCAAAACACCCGGAGAUCCCUGCAGAAGUCAAGGAAUCGGGGAUGGAUAACAGGAACAUUGUUGAUGAUGGAAGAUCUCAAAAGCUGACAAGGGAUGAUAUUGAAACAUUGAAAGAACAGGGCUUAAAGGGACAGGAAAUUGUGCAACAGCUUGUAGAGAACAGCACAACCUUCAGAGAUAAGACUGAAUUUGCUCAAGAGAAAUACAUCAAGAAGAAAAAGAAAAAGUAUGAGAAUAUUAUAACAAUACUCAAGCCAUCAACUCGCAUUUUAGCAUUAAUGUACCAUGGUAGAGAACCAGGAAAGAUAUGUCACCUGCGCUAUGACACUCUGGCCCAGAUGCUGACCUUGGGAAACAUCCACGCGGGCAGCAAGGUCAUAGUGUUUGAGACCUGCGCUGGCCUAGUGCUGGGGGCCGUCAUGGAGCGGAUGGGAGGCUACGGCUCUGUGAUUCAGAUGUACCCGGGAGGUGGUCCUACCCGAGCCGCCACCGACAGCUUUGGAUUCCCCGAGCAUUUCCAUCGGACCCUGCACGAGUUUCCCCUGUGCAAAGUGAAGGCCUUGCUGGCAGGAACGCUGUCACCAGAUGAGGAGGGAAAGGACAGUGUGGACGGGCCUGCCGCGGAGCACCUCGAUACAACCGCGGGGCAGCUGGCCAGCUCGGCGAACGAACAGCGGAAAGAGAGGGACGCAGAAGACAGCAGCCCGGAGGGCAUGGAGUCCAGCAGCGUGGAGCCAGAAGAUAGGGACAAGGAGGAGAGAGAGAGACGCAAGGAGAAUAAAGCACAGGAGAAGAAGGUCAAAAUGGAGGAGAAAAGAAAGAAACUGUCUGCUGCUGCUGCACUCCUGCAAGGGAGAAAUGCAGAUGGGUUGGUGGUUGCAUCCCGAUUCCAUCCCUGCCCUGUCCUGCUGACCUUGUUGAGAUUUGUGGCCCCCUCAAGACCUUUUGUUGUCUACUGCCAGUACAGAGAGCCAUUGAUUGAGUGCUACAGCAAGCUCAGGGAACAAGGCGGCGUAAUCAAUCUCAGACUGUCAGAGACCUGGCUUAGGCAUUACCAGGUUUUACCCAACAGAACCCAUCCAGUCCUUUUGAUGAGCGGCGGAGGUGGGUACAUCUUGUCAGGGACCACCAUUGACGACAGUGCCUCGGCUUCAGGACCUCAGAAAGCUGAAGAGCCAGCUCCAAAGAGGAUAAAAUUGCAAGAGACUGUUGCCUGAUGUUCUAAUUUGGGGUAGUUUUUUUUUUUUUU